AUGGGUAUAGUGAGUACAAUUUUGGGUGUUUUCGGGUUCGGAUUUGGGGCCUCAAUUGGGCUUGUGAUUGGCUAUUUCAUGUUUAUCUACUCCCAACCAACUGAUGUCAAGGAUCCUGAUGUCCAUUCUUUAGUUGAGCAAGAUUCUAAGAGUCUCCAACGGCUGCUCACAGAGAUACCACUUUGGAUAAAAAAUCCAGAUUAUGAUCGGAUUGAUUGGCUAAACAAAUUCAUUGAACUUAUGUGGCCAUAUUUGGAUAAGGCAAUUUGCAAGGUGGCAAAGAAAAUAGCAGAGCCAAUCAUAGCCGAGCAAAUUCCAAAAUACAAAAUUGACUCGGUGGAAUUUGAAACACUAACUUUGGGCUGUCUACCGCCUACUUUUCAAGGAAUGAAAGUUUAUUCCACAGAAGAGAAGGAGUUGAUAAUGGAACCAGUUUUGAAAUGGACCGGUAAUCCUAACAUCAUUGUGGUUGUGAAGGCAUUUGGUCUAAAAGCCAGUGUCCAGGUGCUCGACUUGCAAGUUUUUGCUUCUCCGCGUAUCACAUUAAAGCCACUGGUUCCCAGCAUUCCUUGUUUCGCAAAUAUAUUUGUUUCUCUUAUGGAAAAGCCUCAUGUUGACUUUGGACUGAAGCUGCUAGGUGCGGAUGCUAUGUCAAUUCCUGGGCUGUACAGAUUUGUUCAGGAAUUUAUAAAAGAUCAGGUUGCAAAUAUGUAUCUAUGGCCUAAAAGACUUGAGGUUCAGAUAAUGGAUCCCUCAAAAGCAAUGAAGAGAGCAGUCGGGAUUCUUCAUGUGAAGGUUCUUAGGGCAAUGAAACUUAAGAAAAAGGAUCUUUUGGGGGCUUCAGACCCUUACGUGAAGCUAAAACUUUCUGAAGACAAACUUUCAUCGAAGAAAACUACUGUGAAACACAAAAACUUGAACCCCGAAUGGAAUGAGGAAUUUACUUUUGUUGUUAUGGACCCAGAAUCACAAGUUUUAGAGCUUUCCGUGUAUGACUGGGAACAGGUUGGAUCACAUGACAAGAUGGGCUUGAACGUUGUCCCAUUGAAAGAGUUUGCUCCGGAAGAGCCAAAAGUUUUGACUCUUGAUCUUCUUAAAAACCUAAACCCAGAGGAUGUUCAAAAUGAAAAAUCACGAGGGCAACUAGUAGUUGAAGUCAAUUACAAACCUUUCAAAGAUAAUGAGACACCGGAUGAUAUUGAAGAUUCGAACUCAGUGCAGAAGGCUCCAGAAGGAGUGCCUGAAGGUGGUGGUUUGCUUGUUGUUAUAGUCCAUGAAGCUCAAGAUCUAGAAGGGAAGCACCACACAAAUCCAUCUGUCCGUCUACUUUUCAGAGGGGAGGAGAGAAAAACAAAGAAAAACAGAGAUCCAAGAUGGGAUGAGGAGUUUCAGUUUAUGCUGGAGGAGCCACCCACAAAUGAAAGGAUUCAUGUUGAAGUAAUUAGUGUUCCAUCAAGAAUGGGUCUACUGCACCCCAAGGAAAUUCUGGGAUAUGUGGAUAUAUACCUCACAGAUGUUGUCCAAAACAGGCGAAUCAAUGAGAGAUACCACCUGAUAGACUCAAAGAACGGUCGAAUUCAAAUAGAAAUGCAAUGGAGAACUGCAUCUUGA